AAGUUGCGUGCGGACGUAUCCGCUGUAACGCCUCUGCGUUAUGAAAUGUAAGGAGGCGAAUGUUUAACGGUAAAAUGGACUUAAAAUGAGCGGGUUCCCCGAAGAACUAAAGACUUAAGCAGCCACCGACCGGAUACGUGUUUCACAGACUAGCAGAUCAUGUCUGCAGUCAAGGUUGCCCUGCAUGACAGCCCAAAGGGCGGCAGAAGCAAAACCCCCAAGGCCAUGUCUGCGGAGGCGUCUCCAGACUCCAAGUGUCCCAUCUGUCUGGACGCGUUUCACGACAUGUCUUACUUGGACCGCUGCCUGCACAAGUUCUGCUUCCGCUGCAUCCUGGAGUGGUCCAAGAACAAGCCAGAGUGUCCGCUGUGCAAGCAGCCCUUCGGCUCCAUCUAUCACAGCAUAAAGUCGGAUCAGGACUUCCAGAAGUACGAGGUGAAGCAGCAGGUGGAGAGUGCCUCCUUCGGCUAUUUCGAGGGAGUGCGCUUCAGAUACCGCACGACUCUCGCCGGAGUCCAUCGACAGAUGAGGCGAACCUCUCCGCCCCCCGACAACGGAGUGAUGUUCGAGGCCUCGGCGGGUCUGACCCAGCAGAGACGGGACCGGUACAUCCGGCGCAUGAUGACGAGGCUGGCGGCCAGGAGGAGGGCCGCGAGCGAAGGCCGGGCGGUGAGCGACGUCAGGGAGCAGGAGAUGAUCAACUUCAGAAGGGAGCUGUACCGGCGGGGGGUGAGGGUCCGGGUGGUGAGGGACGGCGGGCGCUCCCGGGAAACCUCCGCCGAGUUCUACAGGAGAAACCCGGCCUGCCUGCACAGGCUGGUGCCGUGGCUGAAGAGGGAACUGAUGGUGCUGUACGGGGCCCACGGCUCCCUGGUCAACAUCGUCCAGCACAUCAUCAUGUCGCGCAUCACGCGCUACGACAUGGAGGACGGGGCCAUCCAGGAGGAGCUCAGGCCCUUCCUGCAGGGCCGGACGGAGCACUUCCUGCACGAGUUCCUCAACUUCGCAAAGUCCCCCUUCAACAUGGAGGCGUACGACCAACACGCCGUCUACGACUGCCCGGCGGCCUCCUCUAACGAGCGGAGCAGCUCCAACUCAUCCGUCAUCGCCAUCUCGGAGGACGAGGAGAGCUCCGCGGAGACGGACCCCGCCGGGAACUCCGCGGCCACGCUGGGUCAGUCGCUGUGGGACGACGAGACGCCCGGGCCCUCGUAUUCGACGGCGACGGAGCCCGGCAGGCCAGAACCUCAGCCGGUCCUGGACUUGGACACGGAGAGCAGCUCGGACGAGGAGCAGCCGGAGUUCGGCGCCUCGCCGCAACGGAUUCCGUCGCACAGCCCGGCAGACGGCGAGCGCGCGUCUUCUGACAGCGACGACUGCGUGUUCGUGGGCUACGUUAAGCCGACCUCAGAGAGGACUCCGGAGCUGGUGCAGCUCUCCUCUGACUCCGACGACUCCUCCGUCGUGGAGAACAAGGACGCUCCCCUCCAGUCGCAUCACAUCCGUUUCACCAGCUGUAGCCCCGCCGCGUCGCGCAGCAGCAGUUCCAGCGGCGGGGCCGAGCACGCCGGACGUGUCCGAGCAGGCGGCCGUCGUCGGUCGGCUUCCCGAGAAAGACCCAGCUCAAGCGCGUACAGGAACGCCACCGGCGGGAGACCCGACGACAGGUUUGGCCUGAUGGAGAGGCGUAAGUCAAAGGAGAGAGACCAGAGGAGGAGGAGGAGGAGCCAGUCGAAGAGCCGAGGGCGCCCGCGCUCCAGCAGGAGCCCCGCGGUUUCUCACACCAGCUUCGGCUCUCACUCCAGCAGCGGCCACUUCCCUCCGGGCGACCGAAUCCAUGCGAGGAGGGACAGCUACCAGUCGUACACCCGUUACCGGCGACAGAGGGACGGCGUGGUGACGCACUACACGCAGAGGCAGUCCUACUACUACAGCAGCCGCGACUACUCGCACGCCAAGUCCAGGAGCCGCAGCAGGGACGCGCCGCCGAGACGGGAGCGGCCGCCGUCCCGAUCCAGGACUCCCUCCAGCAGCUGCUCCCCCUCGCCCGGAGGGAGGUCUCACCACGACAAGCCCGCCGGCAAAAGGCAGGUGAAAACCAAACACCUGGAGGAGCCGUCCAACGACGCCCCGCCGUUAACGAGGCGCGAGAAGAAAAGCAAAGAGAGGCGGCGCAGGAGGUCUAGAGAGGGGUCGAGGAGGAGAGACAGGAGUGGGAGCACAGAGCGACACAAGCACCACCACCACAAGAAGAAGAAGAAGAAGAAGAAACACAAGAAGAAGAGCAAAAAGAGCGCCGAGCGAACAGCGAGGUCGUCUCCCGUCGUCGCCAUCGGAGGCGAGGAGUCGUCGGCCAAUCGCAGCGUGACCCCCCCGUCAGCAGACCUACAGAGAUUCCCUUCAUCCACUGGGCCGCCGCCCACCGAGUAAGCCCCGCCCCCCUGGAGCACAGCUCCCAAUCACAGCGAUGGGUUGGAUCUCAGCUUCUAGACUAAAAGACCACAAGUAUUUCACAUCAGGACCUGGAAGGAAACUGAAUGCAGGCGUCCAGUUCAUGUUUUUUAUUUUUUAUUUUUUUUUUUACAGUGAACUUCCGCGUAGUCUCUGCUGUUCAGGACGGCUCAUCUUCCAUUACAUUUUGUAUCAAAACCGUCUGGGAUCUGCCUCAUGUAAACUGCGGCCUAGUUGAUGUUUAACAUGACAAUGCAAACAAGGUAUAUAAAACCAGGUUGUUGUUUUUUGUUGUUUUUUUUUGCAAAAAUGUUAUUAUUUUGUAAAAAAAAA